UCCAUUCCCAACAUGUUAAAGAAAUUUCUUUACUUACUUUUCCUUUAAUUCCUUUUUCUCUUAUUCUUUGUGAAUUUUAACCUUCUUUCUUUCUUUCUUUCUUUCUUCAGAGACUGUUUCUGUAAAACAAUGUUGUUUUCAUGGCUAAACUUGGGAUUGUUUUUGUUGUUUUCAUGGUCUGCGUGCUCUAGCUUAGCUGCCUCUGCACUAAAUGGAAACGAGACAGAUACACUAGCUUUGCUUGAAUUCAAGGCCAAAAUAACUGAUGAUCCUCUUGGGAUUAUGCCCUCGUGGAAUGGCAGCACUCACUUCUGCCAGUGGUACGGGGUUACAUGCAGCCGCAGGCAUCAAAGAGUUGUGAUCUUGAACUUGCGAUCCCUCCAACUUUCAGGUUCUAUAUCACCGCAUAUUGGCAACUUGAGCUUCCUAAGAGAGCUGAAUCUCAUGAAUAAUAGUUUCAGCGAUGCAAUCCCUCCUGAAGUUGGCCAUCUGAGGAGAUUACGAAAAUUAAAACUAUCCAAUAAUUCAUUUACGGGCAAGAUUCCUUCAAAUAUAUCUGCCUGUUUCAAGCUCUCCGACAUUUUCCUCGCAUACAAUAAUCUGGAAAGAGAAAUUCCUAAGGAGCUCAACACAUUGUCAAAGCUCCAAGUUCUUAGUCUGCAAAAAAACUACCUGUCAGGAAGCAUUCCUCCCUCCCUAGGGAACUUGUCCUCCCUUCAGGUAUUCUCUGCACCUGAAAAUCAUCUAGGUGGAAGCAUUCCUGAGGCCCUUGGCCAGCUAAAGAAUCUCGUGUUCUUCUCUUUGGGUGCGAAUCGUUUGUCUGGUUCCAUCCCUCUCUCAAUCCACAAUCUUUCCUCUGUAGAAAUUUUUAAUGUGGCAGAAAACCGCAUCCAAGGGAGGCUUCCUGCCAACUUGGGUACCUCUCUUCCAAAUCUCAAACAGUUUGUAAUAGCCAAAAAUGAUAUUACUGGAUCGAUUCCUGCUUCAUUUUCCAAUGCCACAAAUUUAAAAUGGAUCAUAUUGGGGGAAAACAAAUUAACCGGAAGAGUACCUUCCCUGGGAUGGCUGCACAGGCUUGAGGUGCUAAGCCUUGGCUACAACUAUCUUGGGAGUUGGGGUGCUAAUGACUUGAACUUUCUCUCAUCCUUGAUCAAUUCAACCAACUUAUGGUUAGUGGAAACGAAUAAUAACAAAUUUGGAGGAGUUUUACCUGAAUCCAUCAGCAACUUCUCAACUAGUCUUUCAAGAUUCAUAAUAAGUGACAAUAGCAUAUCAGGAAGAAUUCCCACUGGCAUUGUCAAUCUUGUCAACUUGGAGAAGCUCUCCAUGCAAAGCAAUCGGCUGUCAGGUAAUAUUCCCAUUGAUAUUGGCAAACUUCAGAACUUAAAAGUUCUAAUUUUACAGGGAAACAGUCUUUCUGGAGUCAUCCCAUCUUCCCUGGGAAAUUUAACAUUGUUGUUUGAAUUGCGUUUGUACGAUAAUCAUCUUGAAGGCAACCUACCUCCAAGUUUAGGCGAGUGCCAAAAUUUGAUGUUGUUAGAUCUUGCCAAAAAUAAUCUGAGUGGUACAAUACCCCCACAAGUGAUUGGUCUCUCAUCACUAUCAAUCUAUGUGGACUUGUCUGCAAACUAUUUCACUGGUGCCAUUCCCAGGGAAAUAGGGAAUUUGAAAGAUGUAGGGGAGUUGGGUAUUUCAGAUAACAUGUUAUCUGGAAGAAUUCCUGAUAGUCUUGGAAGUUGCAUAAAACUUGAAGUCCUUGCCUUGCAGGGGAAUGUCUUUUAUGGAACCAUUCCCUCAUCAAUGAGUUCAUUGAGAGGCCUUCGAGAAUUGGAUCUUUCUCGUAACAAUUUGUCAGGGGAAAUUCCAGAAUUUUUUCAGGGUUUUGCCUUGUUGCAGACAUUAAAUUUGUCUUACAACAACUUUGAAGGGGUUGUACCAGUAGGAGGAGUCUUCAAGAAUGCAAGUAGAAUAUUAGUCAUGGGAAAUGCUAAGCUUUGUGGAGGCAUACCUGAACUCGAGCUACCUAAGUGCAACAUCAGAAAUCCUAAGAAACGAAUGAGUCUUCUCUUAAAGAUAGUUAUCUCUGCAGUAAGUGCACUUUCAGUUCUAGCAUUUGUAUUCACUUUUGCACUUCUUUGCUGGUUAAAAAAGAAGAAGAAAGUGCCUACUUUGGACCCUUACAAGAAUUUGCUUCUGAAUGUGUCUUACCAAGCUCUUCAAAGGGCUACUGAUGGGUUCUCCCUAGCUAACCUUAUUGGUACGGGUAGCUUUGGACGUGUGUAUAAAGGAAUUCUUGACGAAACAGGGAUGACAAUUGCUGUUAAGGUGCUCAAUCUCCUCGACCGCCGAGCUUCAAAAAGUUUCAUAGCUGAAUGUGAGACCUUGAAGAAUAUAAGACAUCGUAGUCUUGUUAAGGUACUCACUGCAUGCUCUGGUGUUGAUUACCAAGGUAAUGAUUUCAAGGCUUUGGUUUACGAGUACAUGGUUAACGGGAGCUUGGAGGAAUGGUUGCAUCCAAUUCCUAGAACAGAAGAAGAAAAUCAUGAGCCAACAAAGAGCUUAAAUCUUCUUCAGAGGCUAAAUAUUGCCAUUGAUGUGGCUUCUGCUUUGGACUAUCUUCAUCAUCAAUGCAGGAUACCUAUCGUUCAUUGCGACCUGAAGCCGAGCAAUGUUCUUCUAGACAGUGAAAUGAAUGGACAUGUAAGUGACUUUGGCUUAGCCAAAAAUCUCACAGAAUGCACCAACAAUUAUUCUACCAGUCAAUCAAGCUCAAUUGGGAUACGAGGAACUUUCGGGUAUGCUCCUCCAGAGUAUGGCGUAGGAAGCAAGGUUUCAACAGAUGGAGAUGUAUAUAGCUAUGGCAUCCUGUUAUUAGAAUUGUUCACAGGGAAAAGGCCCACUGAUGACAUGUUUAAAGAAGAUUUCAACCUUCACAACUUCGCCAAGGCAGCAUUUCCUGACCAAGUGGCUGAAAUUGCAGAUCCUAUUCUGCUUCAGGAAACAAAUGAAAUGGAAAUGAGAAUGAAUUCCUGGAGUCAAAGAAUUCAGGAAUGCUUGUUUUCUAUACUUAGAAUUGGCGUGAUUUGCUCAUCAGAAAUACCUCAAGAACGAAUGGGAAUCAAUGAGGUGGUAGUUGAAUUGCAUUCAAUUAGAAGCAAACUUGUUAGAGCUAGAAUUGAUAGAAAUUUACUAUAAAUAAUAUCCCCAGGUUUCUACGAAGAAAGAAAUAAUACUCCCAAGUUAUUAGAGGUAUAGUCAUAUUGUUGUUCUGAAUAAAUUAAUGUUGCUUUGCCAAAUAACUAACUGUUAAGUAAAUACAGAAAUGGAGUUCUGUCUCUCCUUAGUUUAUUUUCUGCUGCUGUUUCUAGUGAUUUGGAUUAAUGAAAUUUGGUUAUAUUCUUUGAAAAGGAAAA